AAGAUGAUGAUGUGGUGGUGGUGGUGGAGUGUGUUGUGGUGGCAAAUUUUAGCAAAGUUGUGUUGCGCCGCGUCUGUGUGUGUCCCGCCGCUGGCUCAACACAGCACUCAACACUUCUCUCAGUCCCCGCUUGGCCAGAUACAAACAGAAGAAUAUGGCUGCCACUGAAGAGGAUGUGAUAUCAUCCUCUACUGUGGAAGUUGAGGAGUGCCUACUGCCCUCCCCAGGAGCUGUGGCCAGUGUGUCUCCACCCACCAUACCUGAAACCCCACAGAUGGAGGAGCUGGCUUGUCAGCUGGAGGAAACCAGUCAGCCAGAGCCAGCUAGUCAGUCUGAACCAGCCAUUCAGACUGAGCCAACCAGUCCAACUGUGGCAACUGAGCCAGCCAAUCAGUCUGAGCCAUCCAAUCAGACUGAGCCAGCCAGUCAGACUGAACCAGCCAGUCAGAGCGAGCCUUCUAGUCAGCCAGAGCCAUCCAGUCAGCCAGAGUCAUCCAGUCAGCCAGAAUCAGCCAGUCAGCCAGAUCCAGCCAGUCAGCCUGAACCAGAGGAAGAAUUUUCUUGGGAGGAAUACCUAGAAGAGACCAACACUGAAGCUGUUCCUCCGUCUACUUUUCAGCACGUUGAAAGGAGCCUUGAGUCUGGGAUCUUUGUGGACCAGCUGGUGGAAGUAGAGAAUGCCAGCCAUGCAUCCCCCGGCUACUGGCUGGCUCGUGUUGUCACCACCUGUGGACCACUGCUCAGACUGCGCUACAUCACACAAAGCAGCAUCAAUGUAGAGUGCUGGCGUGAGAUUGCACAGGGAGGACUACACCCGGUGGGAUGGUGCAGCAGCCACUCCAUCCCCCUGACAGUGCCCCCAGACCUCAGUGCUCAGCUGGAGGAAGAGGAUGCCAAACAGGAGGCCAUAGAGGCAGUGGAAGAAGCCCAGAAAGUUGGAGUGUCUGUUCCAGAGGAGGCUCUUGAUGUAGAUGGUUACACUGCUAUUGAUCGCAUCAAGUGUGGAAUGAAGGUAGAGGUGCUGUGGGAAGGUGAUGCGCUGUGUGGAUGGGUUGCCACUGUCACGGAAAAUGUGGGUGGACGUCUCCUGCUACGUUAUGACACUCCAGACUGUUCAGGGCUAACCUCCUGGCUCUUCUACCAACACGCACGGCUCCGACCCCCAGACUGGCUCCACCUCCAGGACUAUCCACACAGGUACAACCACCCUGCUUCAAGUUUGCCGUAUGAGGAUGCUGAGUGGGCUGCCCUUCUAGAGCUCAGUCGGGAUGGAGCCAGACACUCCUCUGUGCCUUGCUCUCUCCUCACGCACACCAGCCUCCCUGAGCCUCACAAUAUUGCUGAGGGAAUGUUCCUGGAAGCUGUCCAUCCUUUCAAGCCAUUCUCAAUUCAUGCCUGCAAGGUAGUGGAAAUCAUCAACCCCCGGUAUUUCAAAGUCUCCUUAGAGUCAGAGACAGAAGAGGUUGUAUGGACCACUCAUAUAGGUGACCCUCUGUUACUGCCUUGUGGAUACUGCAAGGAGUUUGGUCUUAACUUGGAACUUCCAAGAGACUGGCCAGGGGAAAGCAGCUUUGAUUGGAAUGUCUAUCUAGGAGAAUCACCUGCAAUGCUACUGACAACUCAAGAAAUGUUUCCAAAACGUGACUCUGCAGAGGACUCAGGUUUCUGUUCUGGCAAUAGAAUGGAGGUAGUAAAUCCAUCAGAACCAAGCCAGAUAUGUGUUGCCACGGUGAAACAGACGGCUGGACAUUUGGUGGUGGUGCAGCUUGACUCUGAGAGGGAGCCUACAUUGGUGAUCCACGCAGCAGACAGCCAGGAUCUCUUCCCGACUGGCUGGUGUCAAGCCAACAACUACCCUCUCCAGCUCCCAGCAGAGUACACUCCACGCCCUGUUCAGCUCCAGCCCUCACAGUCGGAGCAAAGCCAAGGCAGUGAUAGUAAUGACACUGCUGCAGGAGGAGGGGCAGCCAAGUCCCUGUGGUGUCAACGCCUCUAUGUGAACCACUGGUGCUACACAGGACCUUACCUCAGCAAGUCUAAAGUUGCUAAGCAGUCUCAAAGUGUGGGUCCCGGAUCUGUGGAGCUAGUGCUGCGUGAGGUGCUCUCCAUGACUAUCAAUGCAGCGUAUAUCCCCACUCGAGUCCUGAGGGAACUUGAGCGCAAUGGACCAGACCCAGCCACUGUGUGUCCCACCUGGCGCUCCACUCCUUUCAAGGCCAAGUUCAAAAGGUAUGCCUACACUGCCAACAUUCCCAUCGCCACAAGAGCAAGUGAUGUGAGUGACUUCCUUUACUCGAUAUGUCAGACUCUGCAGUGCUGCCCAAACCUGUGGUCUUCUGUGCCUUCAGGGGAAAACUGUCCUCUGCUUUGUACUUCUCAGAUGACUUUACAAGGUGGGCAGUCCUCCGGCAUGAGGGGUCGCGGUAAAGUGUCUGUCAACAGGAGUGUCAGAGGCUGCCCAGGUGCUACACGAAUCCUUCACCGCCGUAAGCGGGGUGGUCGUAAGCGACUCUUUGUUCCUGUAAGAGCCAAUCGCCUCCUACCAUCAAAGAAUCUCACUCCUGCAUCAGAGGAGGUUCUGGAAGAAGCUGAGGAGGAAGAAGAGGCAGAGAUAGAAGAGGUGGAGGAAUAUGAUGUUGGCAGUGGCUCUGAUGGCGACACAAGCUCCCGCAGUUCCCGGCCAACCAGUCCUCUCUUAGAGCAAGGACUGGUAGCACGGCGGCAGCGUAAAGUGUUCCCUAGGGUGGACAUGCAGGCUAAGGGGAUGAAAUUUCCCGAGUAUAACACUCAGAUGAAGGCUCGCCAAAAGAGGAAAUUUGAGGGACAGGAUGGAGCCUCUGGUUGUAGGGAAGAAGGCGCAGAACGCAGGGAGCCAAUGAAGAGAGGUCGAAAAAGUGAAUUCCCAGAUACCAGCUCAGGAUUAGAGCCAGCCACUGUAAGGUCAGACCCUCUGGAGUGGACGGUGCAUGACGUGGAGCAAUAUGUUGCUGGUCAGCCUGCCAUCUGCCACCAUGCAGUUAAACUCCGUCAACAAGAGGUUGAUGGACGUGCCUUCCUCCUCCUGAACCUGCCCACUCUUGUCCAGCACCUUGGUCUCCCUCAUAGCUCAGCUGUUGCCCUUGCUCAGCAUAUCUGCCGGGUUAAGCUGGCUCAUUUUCUUUUUUACAAACCAGAACCAUGAUCUUCAGUGUCUCAUGAGGCCACUGCUGUGCCUCUCAGUGGUCCAUGAGAGAAAGAAAGGAAAAGUGCAAUAAACCCUCCAGCUUGUCAGCUUUCUGUUUGUCAGGUUCAGAUUUGUGCCAAGAUUCAGAUUCUCCUUCUUGUGAUAUGGCAAUCUAACACUCAUUUUUGAAGACCUCAAAUUUUAACUUAAUUUUCUAAUGGUAAAUUAAAGACAUGUUAUAGUGCUGUUGAGUGUUGAGUGUCUGUUUGCUAAGAAUGCUCAAAAUGUAGAUACCAACAUGAGUGUGACAGGUGUAGCAAAGUGGUCAGUCAAAAGAUCACCUGGAUAUAUUUUGUUUGAUUUGGUUUUGAAUUACUGAUUGCUGGCUUAGUAUCAAAUCAAAGAGAAUGGCCACCGGUACUCUGAACAGUGUUUAGUGUGGAGUAGUCAGGCCUGCCCAGGUGGUUGUCUUGACUGUACCUAUGUUCCUCUCACAACUUUGAGAAUUCUUGGCAUUGUGUUUUAUUUAUUUAUUCACAUUUAUGUGCAAUAAUUGUUCUUGGAAAGUGAAGAUGAUUGGUUUUAAGGAUUUGUUUUGUAAACUGAUGUUCCAGAUUUUCUUGUGCAUAAUAGCAAUUCCAACACACCUGGGAAAUGCAGAGGAAUUGAGGUGGUGGUGUAUGUAUUCAUAUAAUAAGGUAGUCUCAAAAGAUUUUUUUCCAUUGUUUCAUACAGUAGCAUCAAGCACAGUAAUUUUGUAUAUCUAUAUUGGUAUCAUAAUAAGUUCAUUGGUUCUUAAUAACAAGAAAAAUUUAGGAAGUUUGUGAGGUUUUUAUUGAAGGGGCAUAUCCAUGAUUCAAGGAAUAGCUAGAAGAGGAUCUUGCACCAUUAUUAGGGAGGAGAACAGUAUCCAUCAGAGUUGCACUAAGCAUCUCUGUCGUCUCUGAAAGAAUUUCAUUGAAAGCCAAAAUAGUUACAAAAUGCAAGUCUUUACCAUUCCAAUGGCUUAACAGUUCUGUCUGUCAUUACUACUGUGUCUAGUGCUGAUGGCUACCAUACUGAAGGGUUUAUUACUUGUAUUGAACCCACUAGUCAUGAAGUUCCUCAUCUCGUUUCUUUCUUGUGAUUCAUGUAGAUAUCCUAUUCUCUUUUUGCAUUGUUUACUAUUGCAUGUAUGCUUCAUUAUGUAAAUGUUUACCACUUUUUUUUUUCAAGUUUACUUUUAUUUUCUGUUUAACCAUUUUAACUUUUUUUUUUUUUUUUUUUUUUUUUUUUUUUUUUUUUAGGGCAUAUUUUAAGAAAUUUUUAUUGUUAGACAGCUUCAGUUACAUUUGUUGUUUCAUAUUAUUCAGUUUUACAAUUUUUUUUUUCCUAAUAGCCAUUUAUAAGUGACCUUUUACUUACUUUCUUUAACUGUAUUACUAUGUGUGUGUGUCACUGUAUUUGUUCUUCCCUAGAGUGCUGUAUGUUGCAGUCCCUCCCAUGCUUGGUCCUGGGAACUUCCUCCACCUGGGAAAAUGCUGUUGAGGAUUCUCUCUCUCUCUCUCUCUCUCUCUCUCUCUCUCUCUCUCUCUCUCUCUCUCUCUCUCUCUCUCUCUCUCUCUCUCACCUUUGAUAAUUAUUAGACCUUGGUAAUUUUAUAUCAUCUAUCAAGAUCUUAUUUUCAUCAUUCAUAUCACUAUUAUCAUCCCAAGCUGGUGUAAACAUUCAUAUAUGUUUAUGAACUCUUGAUCUGUUAUUCUUUAUGAUAAGUUAACCAUGUGAUGUGAAAUUAUCAUUAUCAUUAUCAUCAUUAUCAUUAUCAUUGUUAUGUGAUCAUUACUGCCAAUACUGUUAUUAUAGAAGCAUGAAUAUUGUAGCUUUUUUGUACUUUUUGUAUCUUCCUAUAACAAUACUUGUAUGGAGAACUGUUGUUGUUGUUAUUGUCAAUAGUUCUGAAUAAAAAGAAAUGCCCCUUUGGUAUUGAUCUACCAUAUGGGGAAGGAGUCUUUGA